AUGAUUAAACAAAAUCAGACCCAGGUGACUGAAUUCAUCUUUUCAGGGUUCACAGAUCAUCCAGAAUUACAAAUUGUUCUCUUUAAUAUAUUCUUGAUGAUUUAUAUCAUUACACUGAGUGCAAAUCUAGGGAUGAUCCUGUUGAUCAAGAUCGAUCCCCAGCUACAUACUCCAAUGUACUUCUUUCUCAGUCAUUUGGCCUUCCUGGAUGCCAGCUAUUCUUCAACUGUUACCCCCAAGGCAAUAGCAGAUUUUUUAGCUGACAAGAAAACCAUUUCGUGGGCUGGAUGUCUUAUACAAUUUUUUAUGUUUGUUGCAUUGGUGACCACUGAAUUGUUUUUGCUAUCAGCCAUGGCCUAUGAUCGAUAUGUGGCUAUUUGUCAUCCAUUGCUUUAUUCCAGAAUUAUGUCCAAAAAGUGCUGUGUUUCCUUAGUAGUUGGCGUCUAUAGCUAUGGAUUUGUAAACUCCAUAAUCCAGACAGCAUUAACAUUCCAGUUAUCCUUCUGUGGUCCAAAUUUAAUUAACCACUUUUACUGCAAUGAUCCACCACUUCUAGCUUUAUCCUGCUCUAACACUCAGCCAAAAGAAAUCCAGCUUUUUGCCUUGAGUACUAUCAAUUUAACUGGGUCCCUCUUCACAGUCAUCAUCUCCUAUAUCUAUAUUCUCAAUGCCAUCUUCAGAAAACCUUCUACUAGCGGAAGACACAAAGCCUUCUCUACCUGUGCCUCUCACCUGACUGCUAUUGUGAUUUUCUAUGGCACCCUCUUCUUCAUGUAUGUGCAACCAAGCUCUUCUCAUUCUCUGAAUUAUGACAAAGUAAUUUCUGUGUUGUAUGCUGUUGUGAUCCCCAUGCUGAACCCCCUUAUCUAUGUUUUGAGAAACAAAGAAGUUAAAGGAGCCUGGAGAAGAAUAAAGAUUAAGAAAUUGUUUUUUAUAAUAUGA